UAGGUGUGAGUUAUCCGUUACAUUAUUGAAAGUUGAAACUGAGCUAAAAAUGGAAGGUGAGCUUCAGAAAGUGGAAACCGAGCCUACUCCGGCGCCGGAGCCGCCUUUGGCCUCCGCCCCAGAUGAGAAGGAGAAGGCUCUGCUUCCACCUCCACCCGGUGCUGCUUCUGUUGAUGACACCAAGGCUCUAGCUGUUGUUGAGCCUGAAAAGGCUCCUGAGACCAUUGAUAAGAAGCCCUCCGGAGGAUCACAUGAUAGAGAUGUGGUUCUUGCAAAUCUUGAGAAGGAGAAGAGUAUGUCUUUUGUGAGGGCAUGGGAAGACAGUGAAAAGGAUAAGGCAGAGAAUAAGGCUGAAAAGAAGCUCUCAACUGUUACUGCAUGGGAAAACACCAAGAAAUCAGCUAUUGAAGCCAAAUUGAGAUCCAUGGAGGAAAAAUUGGAGAAGAAAAAGGCACAAUACGCAGAAAAAAUGAAAAAUCAGAUUGGCGUGCUUCACAAACAAGCAGAUGAAAAGAGGGCAAUGAUUCAAGCAGAGCGAGGCCAAGAACUUCUCAAGGCAGAGGAAAUGGCUGCUAAAUACCGUGCAACCGGGGGCAUUCCUAAGAAGUUCCUUGGUUGUUUUUGAAGCUUUAGUCUGAGUCUGGUUUCAAAAACAAUCAAUGUAGCUACUGGUGUUUUGUGUAUAUCUUUCUCUUCUGUUUGUUGUCAUAUCGUGUCAAAAACCUGAUUGGAAAAUUCAGGUAGUGUUCAUUAUAUUCUUCUCUGUAUAGGAAAGUGUCUUUCGUUUGUGAAGUCAGAAUGCUAUUUUCGUUUUGAUUGUAUCUUUUUUGUUUCUACUUUCUAGCAAUGAGAUAGAUAACUCUACACAUA